UUGAAAGAAAGCCUAUACUUAGCGCGCCCGCCCCCAUCAAAACGAAUCAGCCGCGCGCGAGCGUCGCGGAGCUGAUAUGUCCGCGGUCCGCGGGGUUGAUGAUGAGGUCGUUGUUCGGCAGCCAGACGCGCUGGCACCGCGUGUCGAGGCCGGGCUCGUCGUGGAUCAUGUAGACCUCGCCGAUCAUGCCCGUGGCACUUCUCCCACGGUCGACCUUCCGCUUGGCGCCGGCGGGCCGGUCCGGCACGGCAGGCUCGCCAUUGAAGCGGCCGAACGUAUCUCCAAAGGUCGUGGAGUACUGGCCCACCGGCCUUUCGGGGGCGGGUGCUCUCCAGGUGAACCCAGUGCCAUCUCCAGGGUUGACACUGAGCGCCAUCGCUUCAAAAACAUUCCCUUUCUGGGACAUGUUAAACGUCGAGUCCGUGCCUCGGAUGCCGCGGCGCUGCAUCCUUGCUGCUCUCGUCAUGGCGGCGUCCUUCGGCGGGGACUUGGACGGCACGGGGAACGCGUCGCCCGAAGUGGUGUUGUACGAGCGGUAGCCGUAGUCCACGAGCACGCCUUCCAGGGGCUCAGCUCUAUCCUCGGACCAAUUGCCGACCAUUACGCGGGGGUCGCGGUAGACGUUGGUCAUGGUGGUACGCGGUGCUGUUCUAGCGCUGGGGCAGCUUGUAUGGGUCUUGGGGCAGCGACGGCGGGCCGGCGCGGCGGAGAUUGCGAGAGGCGCUGCGAG